AUGUUAAGUUUGUAUUUCGAAUCUUUAAGAAAAAAUGGCGGCUGCGCCAAGAAUAAUACUGCGCCUGGCGCACAUGCCGCGUCUACAGAGCAAAGUGAUCUGCGGUACGUGCUCCAGCAGAACUCUCUCCACCUCAACACAGCAUACUCAGCAGACUAAACAGGAGAAGACUGUUGUUCAAUCCGCAGCGCCAUCUGGGGGACAGGUUCAGACUUCAUUCAAGGAAAAAGCUAAGGAUAAUGCCAAGACAGCUUCCUACGGAGCUGUUAUCGUUGUUGGGAUCGGGGUCACAGGGGUCAUCGCAUACACCGUUCUGAACGAACUGUUCUCUUCUAACAGUCCUAAUGCAUUGUAUGAGAAGGCCUCCACACAAUGCAUGAAACAUCCAAAGGUCCAGGAUAUGUUGGGAGAGCCAAUUAAAGCAUAUGGAGAGGAGAGUAGGAGAGGAAGGAGAAAUAGAGUCAGCCAUAUUGUUUAUCAGGAUGAGCAGGGAAGAAAGGGAGUCAGAGUUCAAUUCUAUUUGCAAGGGAGGAGAAACCGAGGAAUAGCACAGCUAGAUGCCAGAGAGGAUGCCUCUGGAAAAAUGCAGACCAGGUUCCUCUUGGUUACCGUAGAGAACUUCCUUCGUAAUACCAUAAUAGUACAAGAUAACAGAUAAAUGUGAUUCAUGCAGAAUAUUUAUUUCAAUUCAGUGGAUAAAAAAAAUCAGUAAAUGAGCUUGAUAAAAUAAAAACAAAUAUUCUUUCAGA